UGGUGUGCGCGAGCCGCCGCCUGCCGGGCGCGUGUCAGAGAGCUGCGCGUGCGCGCUUUGCUCCUCUCAGAAAGCCAUGCCGUCAGAUCUUGCUAAGAAGAAGGCUGCAAAGAAGAAAGAGGCUGCCAAAGCUCAACAGGAUGUGAAAAAGCAUGAUGACGUGAACGGAGAAGGAGAGCUUCAUGAUGGCCAAGUGAAUGGUGCAGUAACUAAUGGGGAGACAAAUGAAGAUAUUGAUGCUCUGACUAAGGAGCUGGAUGAGUUUGAGAUGCAUAAGAUGGAGGCACGGGCAGUGACAGGCGUCUUGGCCUCCCACCCCAACAGCACUGAUGUUCACAUCAGCAGUCUGUCACUCACCUUUCAUGGCCAAGAGUUACUGAGCGACACAAGCCUGGAGCUCAACUCCGGCCGGCGCUACGGUCUCAUUGGCCUCAAUGGCACAGGUAUGGAAGUCAAGUGACAUUGCGAUGUCAUUAUACUUCCAUUGCUUCUCAAGCUUCAUCAAGAUUUGUACGUAGACCUGAGUCUAAAAGUUCAUAUGAUUGGCACCAUAGCUGGGGAAGCUCAUGCUGCAGUGGUAUUUACAGUAACCUAUUAAUUAACAUAAGAGACUUGUGAACAAAUAUAACCAAUUUUCAGAAAAUUUGGGACAUUUUGUAAAGUGCCAUAAAAACUAGAAUCUGUAAUUUGUUAAUUCUGUUUAUGCCAUGGUCUGUCUGAAUACUCGAUUCUGAUUGGCUGGCAGGUGUUGAUUAAAUUUGUUUAACUGCACAGGUAGUUCCAGGUCAGUUUAAUCACGUUCUAUAUUAAUGCGCUUCCUAUAAACAUUGGUAACCAUAGUAACAUACAGUUACAGUUGAAU